AUGUACACUCAACGAUUUAAAAAAAUAACCAACGUGUCCAUUCGAUCAAAGUUGAAUACUUUCUUAAGACAAAUCAAUUAUGCUAACAUAUCUACCCCUUCGCGUAAUGAUUGUGCACUUGCAGCUCAAUCAAGAAAUGAAUUUCAAAGAUUAACAGGAAAACAGUUAAUGCGACAAAGCGUAAAACGCGAAGCUCAUCGAUUACAGAUAUACGAUCGAUACCUUAUUAAAUUAGCAACCGAUCACAUUUGGAAUUUAACAUCAACAAUUUCUCAAAGAGUCAGAUUUACAAAUCAGGCGAAUUAUAUGAACCAAAAUCGCGUUUCUCGAGUUCGUUCUAAUAACCCGAGUACCCUUGACUUAAUCGCUAAAAUCACUUUACCACAAGUUUCCAACAAUCCCUUUGAGCAAAAUUUUUUUAACGGGACCACCAACUUUGAUGACAACAAUCCUGAACAUUCAAUUUUGCACGUCGGAUCCUUUGGAAUAUCUACUUCUUUUGCUUAA